CUCAUCACACCCCACAAGUUGUGCUUCGCAUACGAGCAGCAUUAGCAGAACAAAUUAAGGAUCCCGGUGAAGCAGCAGAAAGGCAAAGAAGCAUGGGCUUCUCUGUAUCAAACGAUGAGCUGCUCGCCACAUUUGCUCCCGCGUUGGUGUAUUGGAUAUAUUCCGGGAUUUACAUGAUGUUGGGAGAUUUAAAUAAUUACAGACUCCACAGUAAAGCCGAAGAAGAAUCCAAAAAUGUCGUCUCCAAGACAACUGUUCUCAAAGGAGUCCUCCUCCAACAGUCUCUUCAUAUCAGUCUCUCCCUCCUCUUCUACAUGAUUAAGAGGACAGACGAGGAUUCCCCUGCUCCCCAACAAUCUUCCAUGGUGAUAUCCAUGCUACAAAUUUUCGUUGCCAUGGUUGUGCUGGACACAUGCCAGUACUUCACCCACAGGCUGCUGCACAUUAACAAAUACUUGUACAAACACAUCCACUCCCAACACCAUUCUCUUAUUGUCCCCUAUGCCUUCGGGGCCCUGUACAAUCAUCCUCUCGAAGGCCUGUUUUCAGACGCCGUCGCGGGAGCCAUUGCGGUCGCCGUCUCCGGCAUGAGUCCUCGCACCACCGCCGUCUUCUUCUCCUUCACGACCAUGAAAACAGUUGAUGAUCACUGUGGCUUAUGUCUUCCCGGGAACUUAUUUCAUCUUUGCUUCACAAACAAUAGUGCGUUUCAUGAUGUGCAUCAUCAGCUCUAUGGCUUGAAGGCCAAUUUCUCUAAUCCUUAUUUUGUUACUUGGGAUAAGUUGCUUGGGACUUAUAUGCCUUACAGGCUUGAGAGGAGGGAGAGGGGAGGAUAUGAGGCAGCACCCAUAGCUUAUUCAAAGAUCAAUUGAUGAUGAAGUAUUGUUUAUUUCAGUUUUAAUUAUAAAAAUUGACUCAAUCCCACUGGCCUAAAUGAGACUAUAACAGUUGAAAUAUACAUAUAUCGGUUAUAUUGUAUAAGACCAAAUAAGUGGGGGUUGGUUUGAUGCUUCUGUCAUGGAAAAGUAUAAUCAAUUCAUAAAUAAUUCUUAUGAA